GAGACCAGCGUGGAGCUGCUUACCGCCGCGGGCACUGUGGCUGUGGUGACCUUGUUCACUGCGCGGCAGAAUCGCUGGGCCUACGAAGUUGUGGAGCCCACGACUGGGGCCUUCAUCGAGUGGGAGAAGGAUGCGCAAGCCAAGAUGCUCUACGACCACAUGAUGUCUCAGGACGCAGAGGAGGAGAAACCUGCAGACGACAAGCCCGACAAGAAGGAGCAGGAGGCAGAGAAGAGGAAGGAGGAGCAGCGCCAACGUGAUGCCGAGGCGGCCGAGCGACGGCGCCAGGAAGAGGCCGAAGAGCGAAGGAAGCGAGACGAGGCCGAGGAGCGAAGGAAGCGGGACGAGGCCGACGAGAGGCGGAAGCGCGACGAG